UUUACGAUCACUGCAAAUGUCAACAGAAAUGUGCCCAAAGUAAACUGUCAGAAACAUCAAGGAGGUCCUUGAAGACAUGCCUGAGUGAUCUUCCGUACAAAAGCCAUCCUUUUGAAAUCACCCAGAAACUUUAUUAUCUGCGGAACACACUGCGAAAUCGUGUGAAGAAUGGCUUGGGUUUGCUGCCAAAGAAAUGCUAUUAUUUAUUGCUCUCCAACUUGAACUUGGCAUGAAGUCCAUCAGAUUCCAUCAUGUUGAGAAUGUUGUGCUUUGAUCAUUCACAGACUGCUUUGACGCUAUACAUUAUCAGAAGUCUCGUCAGAAGUAAGGUAUAUGAUCUCUCGCCGUCACAGGAGAGGAGAGAACGCGGGUAGAACAAUGCUAUAACCAUGGGUAAAUGAUUUAUGACAAUGAUGAUUCCCUAUUAUUUUAUGCUGCUAUGUUAAGAUGAUUCGGGAAUCCAGACCCGCAGAUUUGUGAACAUGUACUCUUCGAUACUUGAACUAGCUCAUGAUUGCGGAUAUAAUAUUUCAUGUCCAUGAUUCGUGACCGAGAAUUUGGAAAGGCUUAUGGUAUAUACGGAACCAGGAUGAAAUAUAUAUCUACCACAAUCUAAGUUGGUUAUCAAUGGGAAAACAGUAUGAGGAGUCGGACCUUGCAUGCAGCUGCUAUAUGAAAGCAAAUUAUUGCUCGAAGAAGUUUGUUCGAAAAGACUUUAUUCAGGUCGUCAUCGAUAUUUCUCUGACCAGACGUUGUACACCACUCUCGUUUUACAGUUUUUCUUGGAGAUCAGAAGUUUUUAGUGAUUAAAAUGAAUAGCUACAACACUUAGCGCCCUUAGCGUUGUGUCCUCCGUGUGGCGGGGAAAACCGCUUGUCGUCUGCUAUCAAAAUAUCUGACUUUCUGUACUAAAGAUAUGAUAGAUGGAGAAGAAAUGUCUUACGAUGUUUCACACGUGUGAGUUAGGACGACAAAUUAGUGCCUCUGCUGGAGACUCGAGGCCAAAUAAAAGGGACCGAACGCAAAGAUGUAACGAAUGUGAUACGAUGUCAAAGAAAAUCAUGUCAGAAAAGGAGAUACAGGAAUCAAUGGUCGUCUUAAAAGACAGAUUAAGAAUCAUGCAGAUAAUGGUAGAUGACUGCGCCGACAUGUUCGAACAGAAGAAAAUCAAGAAAUGGAAGGCCGCUCGUCGGCGGUCACGGGACUCUCAACACCACGAGUUGGAUUGGAAUAUCAUCGGAUGUGUUCUCAUUAUUGUCUUCUGUUACCUACUCCGUUCCCUCAUCGCCCUCAUCCGGGGUCCUGAAGUUCUGGAACCUUGCUUGGAGCCCGAAGAACCGGACAUUGGACCUCUGAGCUGAGAUUAAUGAGCAUCAAAUUAUCUUGAAAUUUGAAAUCAGUUUUAUAACUGCAAUAUAUCCCCGGUCCUCAAGUUCUGCAACCGAGCUUGGAGCCCGAAGAGCAAAAUAUUGAUCCAGUCAACUGAGAUGAGUCAUAUAACGCGCUUUAAGACAUUUUUACACCUUUAAUGUUUAUCUUUGAUCGUCUUUGAACAGAUUAGCUUAUACAUGUAUUUAUAUCAAGAGGGUUGUGCGAUGACUCUGUUUUUCUCUUCCGGAUGAUUUAUGAUAUCCGUCUUGGUGUUCAACAUUGUUGAUUUUUUUUUAAACCACUUAAAAUAAGACAUGAAUCAAAUAAUUACCACUGAUCAACGACCACUCAACGUUUUUAAAAGUUGGGGUUGAACAUACAACGAAAUCAAAAUCGGGUGGUCAUUUUCAUGUUUUUUGUACUUGUAAAUUAAAAAGAGGGUUUUUUGCUAUUUUGCACUGCUUUUGUUUGGUACAUGAAAUGAUGGAUGCCCUUUUCCAAUAUAUUAGGAAAUAUAUAAACUAUGUUGAGUUACACUGUAAAAACUGUGGUGUUAAAACUGACACCAGUUGGUGUUAAUAGAGGACCACAUCCUUAGGUGUUAAAAUAACACACUCGAGAUUUACCAUAACACCAAAUAGUGUAAAUGUAACAACCAAUGGUGUUGCAAUAACACCUAUCAGUGCCUAUAGGUGUUAAAAAACACUGUCAAUUUAACGCCGGUGUAAAAUAACUGGUGUGGUUCUCUAUGUACAUCGUUAACAUCACAGUUUUUGCUGUGUAUAUUAUGUUCAUGCAUGGCUCUUCUGGACCCGUAGUAUUUAAAUUUAUCGUGAUCUAGUUUUUUACAAGUGAUCCUGCAUGCACAAUAAUCAAUGCAAUCAAUCGUAGAAGUUUAUCCCAUGAUCAAUACCUAAACUUUGUGGUACUGGGCCCUGCUAUGCAUAAUAAUAAUAAUAAUAACGGUUAUUUAUAUGCGCUAUACACAAAAAGUAUCACAGCGCUUACAAUUGUCAGAAAUAAAAUAUAAAUAUAAAAAUCUUAAAAAACAAAAAAGUAUAGAAUUGUAUACAUUAAAUUGCAUCAACUAUUGGUGUUCUCAACUGCGCCAGAUGAGGCCUGGUGGCCUCUUGCUUGCUGCUUCGUUCACCAACUAUUUAAGGGACAAGACCGGUCAGCACAUCAUUCACAGAAGCUCCAGUAUAGCACUUGAGGCCACCAGGCCCCAGAUGGGUUAGCCAUGUCAAACCAAACAGUGAUAGCAAAAAUCAUCAAAACAAAUAUUAAAUAAAUGAAAAUAGAAAACUAGAUAUUUGGAAAAAGAUUUGACUUGAGUUGUCGUUUGAAAGAUGAUAAUUAUGGUCGGUGUUGUUCGGAUGGAGUGUAUUCCAAAGUCUAGAUCCAGCUAUACUAAAACGUUUUUCUGCUAUGGAGAGGUAUGCAUGGGGUCAUCCAACUAAAAUAAAGCGAUGAACCGAUGAAAAAUAUUACAAAUUUGAUGAUCUUUUUUCCGAAGAAAAAAAUUGUAGAUGAAAGUGGAAAGAGAAUUUUUUUACCUUGUCACUUUUCCUCGUUUCCCAGAAUGAAAGAAGUAAAGAACAUAAUUUUCUUAAAUGAUGACUUACACUGUCACUUUGUGUUAUGUCUUGUAACAUUUGUACGGUCUUGAACACUGGCGGACAGAUGGGUGUGGCUUGGGACGGUGGCCCCGAAAGUUUCACGACCAAGAAAUAAAAGGAGAAAAGAAAGAAAGGGAAAGGGAAAGAGUGAAAUAAUUUAUCAUAUUCUGAAUAUUAUAUCAAUUGAAUCUAUUGAAAUAUAUUUUUUUUAUUAAAAAGGUCAACAUUUUUGCUCCA